AUGUUUUUUUUUACUUACUUAACAUUGCAGGUAUUUGGAAACUUUUCAUUGCUAAAACAAAAUGCUUGGGAUAUAACAUAUAAAUUAGAGGAAAAUGGAAUAAUCAAAUCACAGGCUGCACUUAGUGUAAAAAGUACUAUAUCUUUUGCUACUAUUAUUAGGUUAAAAACUUAUUCUCAUCGUAAAGCACAAAGGGAAAACUUGUCAGUAUUCAAUAGACUAGCUAAAACUGAAUCUGAAUUCAAAGAGAGGUUUAAACAAAUAUUUUAUUUAACUGUAAAAGAUUUAGGAGAACAAGGGGAGUUGUUUCAAUAUUUUUAUACAGCGUUGCCAUUUCAUGAAACGAUUAACGAUUUUUGCAGCAAAUGCCAGACAUUAAACAAAACAUGCAGACAAUCUUUUUUUAAGAACAACAAUUUUUACAAAAAUGAUUGUGCUACAAAAGGACCCUCAUAUAGUAUCUAUAGCGGAGAGUCUUUAAACAACUUAGGGGUUGCUUAUAGUUCUAAAAAUUGUGAUGAUGAGGCAGUUGAAUGCUACAAAAAUAGUCUAAAAAUUUACAAGGUUAUAUACAAUGAUGAACCUAACCCAAACGUUGCUUUUUUUGCAGCAUUAGGGAUAGCCUGUGCGGCAAAGUUGCAGCAUGAUGAAGCUAUUAAGUAUUAUGAUGAGUGCAUACGAAUUUACAAGCACGUUUACCAUGAUGAACCUCACGAAAAUAUUGCUUUAUCUUUCAGAAAUGUAAGAUUGGUUUAUAACGCUACAGGGCAAUACGACAAGGCGAUUGAGUGUUAUGAGGAGAGUCUCAAAGUGUACAAACUAAUUUAUCAAGAUAGACCAAACCCUAAUGUUGUUACUAUAUUCAAUUCUCUCGGAAAUGUGUACAAAAAUAAAACCAAAUAUGAUCAGGCAGCAAAGUAUUAUGAGGAAAGCCUAAUGAUAGAAAAAUUGAUUUCUAUAGAUAAACUUACCCUAGUGUUAUUAAUUCAUUAAAUAACCUUGGAUUAAUUUAUUGUCAUAGAGAGCAAUAUGAUCAAGCAAUUAACUGCUAUGAGCAGAGUCUAGCAAUAAGUAAAGUUAUCUAUAAUGAUAAACCUCACCCCAGCGUUGUUGUCAUUUUAAAUUCUCUAGGAAGUGUGUUUAAAAAUAAAACAAAAUAUGAUCAGGCAAUAAGGUAUUAUGAGGAAAGCCUAACGAUGGAAAAAUUGAUUCAUCAAGGUGAACCUUACCUUAGUGUUGCUGAUACUUUACAAAAUCUAGGAGGUUUAUAUAAACUUGUUGGAAAAUAUGGUUUGGCAAUUAAAUAUUGCGAGGAGAGUCUAAAAAUGAAAAAGUUCAUUUAUAAAGAUGAGCAUAAUCCAUGUUAUUCUAGUUCUUUAAUGUUUCUUGGAUUAAUUUACGCUGAUGCAGGUGAUUAUGAUCAAGCAAUUAACUUCUCUAUUCAAAAUCUAAAUUUAAACAAAAUAAUUAAUCAUAACCAACCGCAUCCUGAUAUUGUUGAUUGUUUAAACAAUCUUGCAUUAGUUUAUUGCGAAAAAGGGCAAUAUGAUCAAGCAAUUAUUUGCUAUGAGCAGAGUCUAACAAUGAAUAGACUUAUCUACAAGGAUAAACCUCACCCUAGUGUUGCAUAUUCUUUUAAUAGUCUUGGAUUAUUUUAUGUUAGUACAGAACAGUAUGAUCAGGCAGUUACUGCGAGGAAAGCCUCAAAAUUUACAAACUAAUCUAUCAAAAUAGGCAACAUCCAGAUGAUGCUCAUUCCUUAUAUAGUCUUGGUAUAGCUUAUUAUUCUAAGGAGGACUAUGAUCAGGCAAUUCACUACUAUGAGCAAAGUAUACAGAUGAAAAAGUUCAUCCUUCAAAAUCAACCUCAUCCUAGUAUUGCUGAUAUUUUAAAUAAUCUUGGAUUAGUUUAUGCUGCUAAAACACAAUACGUGGAGGCAAUUUAUCACUAUGAGCAAAGCCUAGAAAUGAAAAAACUUAUCUACAAUGAUCAACCUCAUCCUAGUUUUGCUUUUUCUUUAAACAAUCUUGGGUUGGUAUAUGUUAACAUAGAGCAAUAUGAACGAGAAACUAAAUAUAUUAAGCAAGCUUUGGAAAUCAUUCAAGUUUUUGAAGACCAUCCUUAUGCAGCUGGUAUAAAAAGUAGUUUU